UGACUAUUUACUAAUGAAGCUAAGAAAACACAAAAUUGCGUUUAAAAUGAUAAUUACAACGACUAAAUGAGGUAAUUUCUGAGAACAUCAUCGAGUGUAAAGUUAAAGCACGUUAAAGUCUCUAAAAAAAUGUGCAUCACGUAGUAAAAUGGCACCAUAAUGAAGUCACUAACAGAAGGCUACUCCAAGACAAAUAUUUACAUCAACCGGCGGCUUCAAACAGACAAUGCUGGUACGAUAUUUGAUCCCGUCAUUAUGUAACACCAUUAUUAAAAACCGUCUAGCAACACAAACUGAUAAACCUCGACAAAUAUUUACCCUCGCGUAUCCCGUAGACAAUCGAUAUACAGUCUGCAGUAUAAAAUGAUACGAUAAAAACAGAGGAACCCGCAUUGGUAUGGCGUGCAAUAACGUGAGUCUUCAUAUGAGCAAUUUAAUUGCAUAGUUUGAAUUGUCACAUACUACAUUGUCUCCUCGAGAUGAAAGCAGACAGACGUUUUCCCCCUGCAUAUGCACAGAAUCCGACCCACGUUGACGCAAGUGUCUUCUUUAAAUUGGAUUCGAUCUGCCGGUGGCUGUUAUCAACUUUCCGACGUCCUGCUACAAAAGCUAUUCAGUUUUGUAACAGAGUGCCAGUGGUGUGUUGGCUGUUGGGACGACUGUAGCUGUAAAAGAUGCAGAAUAACCAUAAUCAUAGACAUCGUAACGGGGAAGAAAACGGUGAAGCACACGAUAAUUUUUUCCAUUAUAAUGAGGAGGAUGAAAAGUGUGAGGAGGGUGCAUAUGAAUGUACACACUGUGAUGUGGCUAAGUUCAGAUAUCCAGAUGGGACCGUACGGCUAAGAAAUCCUCAUAUAGAAUUGAUGGAUCAAGAUAUACUCUACCACCUGGCUUUAGGGAGCGAAUCCCAUGACUUAGUGGAAAUGUUUGGUGACGUCAAAUUCGUUUGCAUGGGAGGAACUCCCAAACGCAUGGAGGCGUUCGCAUACUACAUAAUGAAAGAGAUUGGACAUAAAUUACCAACAGGAACCACUUUACAAGACAUUAGUCAAUACUCAUACCGCUAUAGUAUGUACAAAGUGGGUCCAAUUCUAUCCGUUAGCCAUGGAAUGGGAGUACCAUCCAUUGGAAUUCUACUUCACGAAAUCAUCAAACUUAUGUACCACGCUAAAGCAAAAGAUCCUAUUUUCUUCCGAAUUGGUACAUGCGGUGGUAUUGGUCUGGAAGGAGGAACAGUGGUCAUUUCAGACGACGCUGUGAAUGAAAUGGGCCAACACCAUUAUGAAGUGCCAAUGUUGGGAAAACCAGUGAGAAGACCGGCAAAACUAGAUAGGCGUUUAGUUAGAGAACUAAGAGCUUUAGCUGAUCCCGAAGAUCCCUACGAAACGGUGAUAGGAACAACAAUGUGUGCUAAUGACUUCUAUGAAGGUCAAGGAAGAAUGGAUGGCGCAUUUUGCGACUAUUCAGAAUCCGAAAAAAUGGCAUAUCUAACUCAUUUACAAAGCAACGGGGUGAAGAAUAUCGAAAUGGAAGUAGUACCAUUUGCUGCUUUAACUCACCAUGCAGGAAUUAAGGCCGCCGUGGUCUGUGUUGCUUUACUUGAUCGAUUGAAAGGAGAUCAGGUGUGUGCUCCUAAGGAAGUACUGGAUGAAUGGCAGAUCAGACCACAGAAGCUUGUGGGUAGAUAUAUUAAACGGUAUCUGCAAACUAAAGGGAGAAUAUCUUUCGAUGGGCAUGGAUCCAUGGCUGUCAAGAGUCCAAGACGCUUCAAACUAGUCCAGCAGGAGUCGGAGACUUUCGAUUAAGUUGCUAAAGCACAAGUUAUCUGUUCUAAAAUUACAUUUGGAAGAAGUUUGCUGAAUGUGAGAUUGAGGAUAGUGAUAAUGACAUAUUAAUUUUUUAUAUUAUUAAAUGAGACAAGAUAGUGUAGGGGUACAGGACAGAUACGAGCUUUCGACUGGAGUACUUGAAUUAGUGUGGAGUACUUCAGACGCACACAUUUCCUGCACCGUUACAUUAAUAGCUAGUAGGAGACAUUACUGUUGUUCGUAUUUGUACUAAAAGAACCGUUAAAGCACAGUCUGUACUUCAUUCAAGUUCAUCCGGGAAUCUUUGGAAAUGACGGACGGAAUUCUUAUCAUGUAACUAUUCGUACUAAACAUAUCAGAGCAUAAGACUCAUCGGAAUUUUUUUUAAUCCAAAAAGUACGCAUAAUUUUGACCAGAAAAUUACCAUUAAGCGGCUUCGCAAUUAAAUGUUAUACCUAUAUACAUACCUUAACGGUUGGUAGUCUUUUGCAACCUAUAGAGCAUGGUGUUUUAAUGUUGUGACGUUGUAGCUAUAUACUGGACAAUACAUUUGUUACAAUUUACACAUUUUAUGGUAGACAACGACGUAGUCAUGUGAUUAAAAAAAAUCUGCCUAAUUUGUUGAUUACAUACAUCGUUAUUGUUGAAUUUGCUCACAGUUAUAGGGGUUGUUCGUAUUAAAAUUUUAUAUACCCAAGUAAACCACGAAAAUACAGUAUGUAUGUACAGGCUUCUUUAAUCACCAUCUGGUCUUCACCAUUCUGGGUAACUACCAAGAAGUGCUAUUUCGUUUUUUAAAUAUUCCAUUAUUGUUGAUGAUCGAUGUUCAUUCUAGAGUAGUCCGUUUAUGUCGCCUAUAAACAAUAAAAUAUUUGCCAGUUA